AUUGAGAGUUUCGCUCAGUUCAAACUCAACAAAAGUUACGAAACGAAAAUCUGUUAUAGGAAAACCAAAAAAUACAAAGAAUGGCAGACAAGCGACGUCAGAGUGUAAAGCAACGUGGCUCAAUAUUUACUGCGGUCUACGAGGGCGACUCAUUUGUGCAGCAUUUUGAGAAGCGGGGCGCACGUGAAAUAAUCAUAAUGGAUGCAACGGGCAAGCCGUUGCGGUCCACGGUCAGCCAGAGGCGCACCUUUGUCUAUGCGGCCCAGCUGCAUCCGUUGGCCAAAAUGGCACGCAACGUGGUCAGAGAUUUGGAUCCGGCUAACGAUGUUACCUUUUUGCGUAUACGUUCCGAAACGCACGAGGUUCAUAUGUCGCUCAAUCCCGAGUUUAUUGUUGUGGUUAUACAGAAACUGAAAGCACGUAAACGCUGAAACAAUAUUGAAGAAAAUGAACACUCUGAGUAUAUGUGUGUGUAUAUAUAUAUGUGUGUGUGUGUGUGUGUUAACUUUAACAGAACAAAAUUACACAUUGCCAUUGUCAAAAACAGAUGAACACUAUACAGAGACAUCCGCAUUUUAUUAAAUCCAAAUCAGCGCUGCAUUUACAAAAAUC